AGAAGCACUAUGGAAGUGAAAGAGCGACGUCCAUACUGCUCACUCACCAAGGGCCGCAAGGACAAGGAGGGUCCGUACACUGGUUCAUCAGGGGACAGUGAAGACUGUGCCAUCAGCUCCCAGGGACUCCGGGUUCCCACUCAGAAGUCCUACUCCUCCAGUGAAACACUCAAAGCUUUCGAUCAGCACCAAGACCAGACCAGGUUACUGUACGGGACGACCAAGGGAUACAAGGACAUGGUUCACCGUGAACAGGAUGAUUAUAACAGACAAGGUCAGCAUUUCAGCCUUCGUCAGCUGGGAAUCUGCGAGCCACCUUCACGUCGUGGCCUGGCCUUCUGCUCCGAGAUGGGCCUCCCACACCGCGGCUUCUCAGUCGGCACGACCCAGGACAUAGACACCGACAGUCAGGCCGUGAUGUCACCAGAGCGUGCCAUGCGGCUGUGGGGCCGCGGGGGUCUGGGUAAAUCAUCAGGGAGGAGUUCCUGUCUGUCCAGCCGCUCCAACUCAGUGCUGACCCUUACCGACACCGAGCAUGAGAACAAAUCGGACAGCGACAACGUCUUCCAGACCCUGGUUAAUGACGUUCUCCGGGACAUGUUGGACCGACAUGUGUUUGUUUAUCUAGACGACAUCCUCAUCUUCUCUAAAACCAAGGAGGAGCAUAUUCACCACGUCCAGUCAGUCCUGCAACUCCUCCUGGAGAACUCCCUAUACGUUCAGGCUGAAAAGUGUGAGUUCCACGUGACCACCGUCCCUUUCCUAGGUUACAUUGUGUCCGGCGGUAACAUCGAGAUGGAUCCCGCAAAGGUGGCCGCAGUCACGUCCUGGUCUGCUCCUGAAACCCGCAAACAGCUUCAACGCUUCCUGGGGUUUGCAAAUUUCUACAGGAGAUUUGUCCGGAACUACAGCACGGUCGCCUCUUCUCUCACCGCCCUCACAUCCUCCAAGAUCCCUUUUCUCUCAGUUGUGAGUCUGGCCUCAAACAGGCAACAGCAUAUAGCCAGCACUGCCUGA